CUGUUAGGAGUCGUGAAACCCGCCGACAUCAUGUCUGGUGAAGAGGCUGCAGCUCCUCAGGAAGAACCUGAGCAGGUGAAGGAAGCCGACGAGCCCAAGCUGGAGGAGCCGGGCUGCAGUCCUGCCACCGUGGAGGAGGUGAAGAAGACAGAGGAGGAGGAGAAGCUCCUCUCCUCCCGGGCGCUGGUGCUCACCGGAUAUGGAGGCUACGAUAAAAUCAAGCUGCAGGUGAAGAGCAUGAAGCCGCCGCAGCUGCGGCCCGGAGAGGUGCUGGUUCGACUCCGGGCGUGCGGGCUGAACUUCGCCGAGCUGCUGGGCAAACAGGGGCUGUACGAGCUGCUGCCCGCCCCCCCUGUCAUCAUGGGGAUGGAGGGCUCCGGGGUGGUGGAAGCCGUGGCGGAGGACGUGAAGGACAGGAAAGUGGGAGAUCGCGUUAUCUCAAUGAACCGUUGCGAGAUGUGGCAGGAACUUGUCGUCGUACCCGUCAAGCGCACCUACCCCAUGCCUGAAGAAAUGAGUUUUGAGGAAGCUGCCGCGCUCCCCACAAACUACAUGACGGCGUACAUGAUGCUGUUCGAGAUGGCCAACCUCCGGCCGGGGAAAAGUGUUCUCAUUCACAUGGCUGCAGGUGGUGUGGGCAUUGCUGCAACCCAGCUGUGCCAGACUGUGCAGGAUGUCACCGUGUUUGGCACUGCUUCAGCUUCCAAACACGAGAUCAUCAGCCAAGGCGGGGUAACUCACCCCAUUGACUACCGGACCAAAGACUAUGUGACCGAAAUACGCAAAAUCAGCCCAAACGGAGUUGAUAUUGUCCUGGAUCCACUUGGUGGUUCUGACACCCAAAAAGGCUUUAGUUUGCUAAAACCUUUGGGGAUGCUAAUAGCUUUUGGUGCGGCUAACUGUGUCACGGGUCAGAAGAAGAACCUGUUGGCCAUGGCGAAGACCUGGUACCACCAGCUUUCUCUCAACUCCCUGAAACUGAUGCAGAACAACAAGGCCAUCUCCGGCUUCCAUCUAGGCUACAUCACCGAUGAGGAGCUCUUUGACAGGACUCUCUUUAAGCUGCUGGAGCUCUACAAGCAGGGGAAGAUCAAGCCACGCAUCGACUCCUGCUACCACUUUGAGGAGGUGGCUGAAGCCAUGAAGCGCAUGCAUGAACGCCAAAACAUCGGGAAAAUCAUCCUCCUACCUGAACCCAAGAAGAGUGAAGAACAAACAAAGUCCAGCGCAGAUGCCGCAGAAGGUGUGGAAAAAAAUGAAGCAGCCGUCAGCGAGAAGAAAGACGAGGCCGUAGAGGAAGUUAAAGCAGAGAAGGAUUGAGUAAGAGGGCUUAUUCAAAUUAUGUUAUCAACACUUGGGUCAAAUUGAGUC